UUGUUAGUUCUCGCGAGAACGGCGCUUGUUAUUGCCACAGAUAGCAUAGCUAGAGCGGGCGAGUCAAGUUAUCUAGAGUUCUGCAGUCAACUGUUGUACUGCGAUGGAUGCUCUCGGAGCCCUAGACGAGGCAGAGAGGCCUCGACAUCACCCUUUCCUAAUAGGGGUCAGCGGAGGAACCGCCAGCGGCAAGUCAACAGUUUGCGCCAAGAUCAUGGAGCUCCUGGGCCAGAACAAGGUGGACCACCGCCAGAGGAAGGUGGCGAUUAUAAGCCAGGACAGCUUCUACAGAGUCCUGACUCUAGAGCAAAAGGCGAAAGCACUAAAGGGCCAAUACAACUUUGAUCACCCAGAGGCAUUUGACACCGAGUUGAUGUACAAAACCUUAAAGGACAUUGUGGAGGGAAAGGUGGUUGAAGUGCCAACGUAUGACUUCGUCACACAUUCCAGGCUGGAAGACAGGAUCACAGUUUACCCAGCAGACGUGGUCCUCUUUGAGGGGAUCCUGGUCUUCUACCCCCAGAAAGUGCGUGAUAUGUUUCACAUGAAGCUUUUUGUGGACACAGAUUCAGACGUCAGACUGUCUCGCAGAGUUCUCCGAGACAUGACCAGAGGGAGAGACCUGGAGCAGAUUCUUACGCAGUAUACAACAUUUGUCAAGCCUGCUUUUGAAGAGUUUUGUUUGCCUACAAAGAAGUAUGCAGACGUCAUCAUUCCAAGGGGGGUUGACAAUAUGGUGGCCAUCAACCUCAUCGUACAGCACAUCCAAGACAUACUGAACGGUGAAAUCUGCAAAUGGCGUACGUCCAUUAACAGCCACGCGCGAGGCUUCAAACGGGCCAUUUCUGAGCAGGGUGACCUGCAGAACGGAGCUACUAAUCCUGCAGGAAAGAGGGUCCUGCUGGAGCCCAGUUGUCGGCCUCACUGAGACUGUGUGGAUGCAUGGGUGGACCGAUGUGUCCAGACUGUGAAUAUAAGCUUCACGUUGGGAUUGCUACUACUGAUUUGUGCGGGAUGGGUCAGCACGUCUGAUGCCAGUCUCCCCCUCAGUGUUUUUAUUUGUGUUUUUUUUUAAGAAAAGUAUCCACAAUCCUACUUUACAAAUAUUCAGUGCUGCAACCUCAUAAUUCACUGUAAUAAUUGUUGCAUAAGCAGUAUGCUACUAGAUUAUGCUUUUCACAUGUAACGGUCUUCCAUGAUAGUUUGACUUUUCCGUGUUAACUGCGGUCAAAUGACUGGUUACUGAGAUUGGGGCUAAUAUCGUUUACGGUAGGAAGUGUUAUUUAAAUGUUUAAUUUCAGUCAUGCUUUUGCACUUUGACCUUGUAUUUAUAUCUGCUUUUUUGUUGCUGGAGUAGGCAGUUUUUAUGGAAAAGACAAAUAUACAGCCCUUGUCCUGCA